AUGGGUGAAUACGGUUCCCUGCUUGGAUCCCGCCUCAUACCACCACUGAAUUUGCUCCUGCGGCUGGAACGUCGCGGUGGCAUUAAGGGGAAUGCUGCUCGGAUCCACGAAAAUAGGAUCAAACGAGCCCGACGCGUUUUGGACGCCGAUAACGAUCCUGAUACCCUCGGGGUUUUCCGCCGAAUAGUUAUUGACACCGAUCAUCAUGCUGCUGGGAUCGGGUUGGCUGGCGGAGGUGGUAAAGAAGCCCGAGGAGGCGAUGUCGACAGCUUGGCCGACGUUGCAUUGCAUCCAGUUGCCUCGGGCGGUGAUAGAGAUGCCAUUGGUAGGGAUGUCGCUGGUCCAGUUGAAAGCGUAUACGGGCUUCCAUUUGAUAUCAACGAAUGGGGAAAGGGUCUUGGAGCGCCAGACCGUGUUAAAGACGACUAG